AUGAAGAAGGCCAACCCAUCCAUCCCCAUUAUGAUCCGCGAAGCCAGCAACACCCAGCCCACCGUUUAUGCGCGAUUCGACUUCGGAAAGGAGCGGAAGCUGUCACUGAAGGGCCUGGACGACAAGGCGAUUGAACAACAAGUCACAGAGCUGGUACAGAAGGGCGCAUGA